AUGACUCGCAACUCCCACGUCGCCGGGCGUACCAGAGAGACCCGGAAGAGUUCCGUAGCCACCAAGACCUCCACCAAGCCGAAGAAUAUCAACCCUUCACAGUUCGUGCCUGAUACUCGCCCCAUGAGAGGGCAGAAAGAGGUCAAGGUCUGCCGUCCCCGUCCGAGAGCGCUCCUCGAAUACUCCGGGGCUGCCGGCUCAAACUCCAAGCUCCCAGUCAAAGUGUCAAUCCAACAUGCGAUCGACCAGGCGGUAAGGGAGACCCGUGGAGCCGACUCUUCGUCCGACGAGGAGGAGUUCGACCCACCCGCCACUCCCGGGGAGCCAGACCUGUUCUACUCCUUUGACGCGUAUGCCAGCCCUGCACAGGGAGGCGAUGUCCUCAGCGCAGCGGUCGUUCUAGCUAUCGACAAGUUCGAGACCAAACAGACCGAGAAACUUGCACGGGAGUAUGAGUUCAUCGGCCUGGUCGACCCCGACGACCUCAACGAGGGGUAUGGCGGCCACGACGACGGGUUCGAGCUCAUCGAGGCUGUGAACUAUUAG